CUUCUUUCUUCAAAACGUACGAAGCAGACACAACGGUGAAAAAAAAUUGAUUGUUUUACUCCAUUACAAGAAAAAUGAAACAAAAUAAACGACGGAGCAACCCAAUACGACUAACAUAACACCGCACCGAAACUUCCGGCGUAUUGAUCAGAAAACACGCCGAUUUGUUCAUCUUCUUGAUUGAAGCCUGCAACGAAAAAACACACGCAUUAAAGUAACAAAUAUGCCGUCCUUAAAAGAGAUUGUGCCAGCAGCACGAAACGACAUAAACACAAAAUUCAUAGUUUUGGAGAAAGGGGGGAUAACAACAGAACGAGGCCAAAACAAGGUAUGUUUGGGACUUGUAGCAGACGAGACUGCAUCAGUUCACUUUCAAUUCUGGAAUGAAGAGUGUGAUGCUUUUCAGCCUGGAGACAUUGUCCGUUUGUCAAAUGGCAUAUUUUCUUACAAUGCCAAUAAGAGUCUGGUCCUAAGAGCCGGUAAAAGAGGCACGAUAGAAAAGGUAGGAGAGUUUACUAUGGUGUUUGCAGAGUCUCCAAAUAUGAGUGAGAUUUUAUGGGUCCAGGAUCCGAAUAAAUCAGGUAAUUAUAUACAAGAAUCUAUUAUUUCUCCACACUCACGUGUUUUUCCGCCGAUGGUUUAGGAUACUAUCAGGGGGGGGGAUUUAUAGAUUUUCAUUGUCGUGUAUGUCAAGGCAAAUAUCACUUUCCAUUGGAGGUCUUUCUCAUCAUAGAUUUUUGUUGUUGCUGCUAUGUUCUUGUAUUGUCGUAUGCCGCGCUAAUCUAUAAGUGGUUUGGUUUCUACAAAGCUUGUGAACUUAACGGGUUCUAUUUACUCCACCUUUUAUUGAGCUCGGAGAGAAAGAAAAAAGGUAAGGAAAGAAACACAACUUCUUUACAGAAGAAAAGGAAUAUAUCUUGUAAAACUAUCUGUUUUCGUUUCUUCCAUAUGUUCCCAGGAGAGAAAGUUUUAGAAAGAAAUUGCCGUCUUCUCUAAAAGAUCCCAGAACACAUAUUUUUUGGUUUCGUUCAAGAAUUGUAUAAAGUUGGAGGACAAUGCUUUUAUAGUUUAGUCUAAUACUGUAAAAGACAUUACAUGAACAUUGAGUUAUUGAAGUUAGGUUCAGAAAAACGACUCAUCCACUUAGCAAUGAUAAACGCAACAAAGAAUGCUUUAGUAAGAGUGAAGUAGGAAGACAACACCUUGGUAUUUUUGGAACUUAUUUUAGCAUUUGCAAGUAAUAUAUGAAUUGUGAAAUUUGUAAAUGUUAAAUGCAAUACUGUGUAUUAAUGCAA